ACACAGACUUUGCAGGACCUUUUUGGAACAAUCGUUUGUCGAUUGUGGUUGAUUCGUAUAGCAAGCUUCCUUCUGCUGUGACAUUGAAAUCGACAACGUCACAUAGCACAAUUCAGGUGUUGUCCUCUAUUUUUUGCUUCAGAGACUUACCUGAAGUCAUAGUGUCGGACAAUACGCCUCGGAUCUCGUCAAAUUAAUCUGAAACAUUCUGUCAACGCAAUGGCAUACGGCAUCUAACUAAUGCUCCAUUCCAUCCACAGCCAAACUUCGCACCGCACACACCAGGGAUCAAGCAUUGCAACUGUUUCUCGCCUCCUACCGUUCGCACCAACUAGACGGACCAUCGCCGACGGAAUUGCUUCGCAGCCGCCACCGUCGGACACUGCUCCAUCUGCUCCACCCACCUCAGCAUCUGCCGCCGAAGGAAGGCCGCAAGUAUCACUUCACGUCGCAUGACAUUGUCUUUUACAGGGUUUUUAAUGGCAGCAGACUGUGGGCGCGAGGCGAGAUUGUCCAUCAACUUGGCGCUUGCUUGUAUCUUGUUUCAGGUCCAGAUAGCUUGCAGCACCGACAUAUCAAAAUCAACUUCAUCUCUGUCACAUGCAUGAUGCUCUUUCAUUGUCUCUUCCCCCAGAUCACGGAUCCUGAGGACAGCACAGCCACAGCAUCUGCCAGAGGGUGUCAUCACAACACUGCAGGAUGACCCCAGGGAGACGGAGCCUUCACCUCCUGCGCCUUCUCUCGUCCUACCGAUGGAGCUGGACCCGCCCACACCGCAGCAGUCACCGCCUUCUUCAUUUGGUUCAUGGCAUCAGGAGGGUACGACUAAAAACUUGACGUCCCCUGUAGUCACAGCUUCCGGUCCAGCACAGCACCCACAUUCCUGCCUCUCUUGCCAUUUUCGCACUCCCUACACGAUGACGAUCCGUCGCUUUGGGGAUGAGGGGAGGAAUGUUCUGGCGAAACGACAAGCGCCUGCACGAAGGUCAAGAACGAGGGCUGUGAGACGAUGUCAGCCAAUAGCAUGCUGGCUAGGACAUCAUCACAACAGGAGCGGCCUCUUCACGAAGAGAAUAAAAGCGACGCACCACAUAGCUUCGCCUGCACUAGAAAAGAGGAUUAGAAGAGUCACACUAGAAGAGCCGCACUAGAGGAGCUCUGACUUGUGAUCCAUGUCAAUUACUUGCAUGGAAAUUGUGUAUUUCUAAGGACAUUGAUUAUUUGCAUGUCGCCAAUUGCUUGCGACGCCACCUUGUACAUAUCGUCGAUGAAGGAACUAUACCGCGUAACUGACAAACAGCCGAUUUUUCGUUUUUCAGUCAGAUGAUGCCGUUGACCCUACGCGCAUCUGCUAUUAACGCCAUAAUGCCGAAUUUUUAAUUAUUUACCAUGAAAAAAUGGUCUAAAACAAUACCGCGAAUGGGACACAGCAAAUAAAUAGAUGGUAAUACCGCGGAGCUGUAGAGAAUUAAAUACCGUGUAUCUAUAAUCUAUGGAUACUGUAAACAAUACCGCGUAAAUACAAAAGCGCACGCAGCCACAGCACAUUGUUAUUGCCGUAUUAAGUAUUCAACAGUACUCGAAAGUGGUUCCAUGCUUGUAGCUUCAUUCGUCAUAAUGGACAGUGAUAUAGAUGACGACAUAUUGUUACUGCCGUAUUAAGUAUUCAACAGUGCUCGCAAGUGGUUCCAUGCUUGUAGCUUCAUUCGUCAUAAUGGACAGCGAUAUAGAUGACGAACUUUUUACCGAAGAAGAAAUUGUUUCUCAACUGAAAUCAGCUUAUGAAAGCUGAGAGUGACUGACAGCGGUAAGAAAAAUGUUUUAUUAUUCACAUUUGAAUGUUAGUAGCACCGUAAGGUGUCUUAUUGUGAUAUAAAUCGGAACGCCCCCACUUCACUCGUUCUGUGCUUUAUUCAUUUCUGCCAAAGAUUUCUAGACUGUCCGCUUUCUUGUAGGAUCUCCCGUAAAUGUAGAACAAACAACAGGCGAGAAAAGUCGUAACGCUGAAGUUACAUUUACCGAAGAUGAAUUAAUUUCGUAUAUGGGGUUCUCGGUUACUGUUCCUGCAACAUCUAAUGACACAGAAACUUCAGUGGCUGUAACCAACAAAGCUCAAAAUGAAACUACAGUCACAGUUUCCACUAGAGACGACAGUAUUUCACACUCAUUCCUAUGCGAUGGUGCUCAUUGUUUGCCAAACACUCUGGAUAAAUUAUCGGAAGAUCACGGGAGCAAUAAUGAUGCUGACAAGAAUUUUAUGGUGACGUAAGCAGUUACUGGAAAAGGAAGUCUAAACCACAUCCUGAAGAUUGGAAGAAAAUUGCCAAUAAAAUUAUGAGAAUGCGUGGACAGGCGUAUAUUGUAUACAGAAGAAGUCGAAUUGGUAAAAUCACUCAUGAUACUCCAAGAGGGGCACGAAAAUUAGGUCCAACAUGUACAUCGAAGAUGUGCCAGAAAUCCGUUCAAAGGAAGUGUCAUCAGUUUUCUAUUGAUGAUAGGCAGGCAGUAUUUAACACAUUUUGGGAAACGAUGUCGUGGGGUCAGAGGAAGGUUUACGUUACCAACCUUGUGGACACAAUUCCAACCAAACGUCCAGGGAAGAACACCGGCGAAUCCAGGAGAAAAGGGCCGCUCAUUUAUCAUUUGAUAAAUGAGAUGGGGAAACAUAAAGUAUGCAACAAGAUAUUUCUCAAUUCUCUUGGGAUUAAAGAAUGGACUGUUCGAUAUAGGAUGGGUAAUUCCACACAUGGGAUGAGUCCUGAUACAGAAUCGUCACGACCUCGAAUCAAACAGACGAAGAAGGAAGAUGAGAGAACCUUCAUGAAAGAAUUCCUGGAGUCUCUUCCGAAACUUCCGUCGCAUUACUGCAGGAAAUCCUCAUCGAAGUUGUACCUUAAGCCUGUUCUGCAAUCCAAAAAACUGUGUAGACUCUAUAUGGAAAAAUGUCAUGCGGAGAAGGUUUCACCAUUAAGUCUGGCUACCCUUCACUUGAUUUUGGAAGAUGGUGAUAUUAGCUUGUUUUCCCCCAAGAGAGACCAGUGCGACUUGUGUUAUAGUUGCAGGCUUGGUAAGUUGUGUGAAGACAUGUGGAAGCAACACACAGAACGGAAAGAGCAGGCAAGGAUGCAAAAAGAUACUGACAAGAAAAAUCCCCAGCAGAAGCUCUGCUCAGUGUACACCAUGGACUUACAGGCCGUGAAAGUAGCCCCAUUUUUAAGUGCAAGUGCAGUUUAUUAUAAAACAAAGUUGGCUGUUUAUAACUGUACAAUGUAUAAUUUACAAAGUCGUGAUGCAGUAUGUUAUUGGUUCGAUGAAACGCAAGGUGAUUUGGUUGCAUCAUGUUUUGCCUCAUGCAUCGUGGACACCCUGUCCAGAACGAUUAAGUAAAAUCCCAUUCAAGUCAUUCUGUAUUCUGACGGCUGCACAUAUCAGAAUAGAAAUGUGAUAUUAUCAAAUGCUCUUUUAAGAUUAGCAGUUGGUACUGGAGUAUUGGUUACACAAAAGUUUUUGGAGAAAGGCCAUACGCAGAUGGAAUGUGACUCAGUUCACAGUUCCAUUGAGUGGAAGCUUAAACUAGCCAAUACGCUAUGAUAUCUAAAGAAGCGAGAAAAAAGCCACAUCCAUACGAAGUCUAUUACCUGGAUUAUUCCUCUUUCAUCAACUACGCAGAGGAAAGUUUGUGGCUGUACGACUCAAUUAGGCUGGAAGAGCUGUAAAAAAUGAGCCUACAGUUACCGAUCUGAGGGCGCUACAGUACCGCCAAAAUGGUAUUAUUUUUCUUUCAACGAGGUGUGGCAAGAAUUACCGAGGCGUCCGAGGAAAAUUCUUGGAGAUGUUUGCUUCCCAAAACUAUACAAGGAAAGACUGAAAAUCAAGAAAUCCAAAUGGGAGCAUUUACAACAACUUAAAUCUGUUCUUCCUAAAGAUUGUCAUAGUUAUUAUGACAACAUUCCUUAUGAACGAAAAUUAUCGUGAAGGUAACUGUGUGACGAGUAUCAAUGCUGUGUAAUUCUCUGUUGCUCCUUUGAGUGACGUUUAGGAUUUUUCUUGAAGCAAUGUGCAGACAUUAUCGGAACUAUGUAAACAGUAUUUUAUUUAAAGUGUUUCUAUGAAGUCUUUCAAUAAAAAAUAAUUAAUGCUCCAAAAGGUGUUCUUACCAGCUUUCUCAGCACCAGAUACCAACGUAAAUGUGUCAAGUCGUGAAGGGAGACUGACAAACAAAUACCCCGUUAAGUAACAGAUCAUGGCAUAAAUACCGAGACAAUUCCGCGGAUGUGCCGUAAUUAAGUUUUCUAAAACCUAUUUUUGUUGUUUCACAUUUUCAUUUGAUCCAAUGUUUCCUUGUAGUGCUACGAUGCAAAUUUAGCGCCGCUGUGAAAUGUAUUAGGCAUUUUAGACAGUUUCUAGUCUCUUGUGUAAAAUUCUUAUUUUGCUACUUACGCGGUAUUGUUCCUUCACCGACGAUAUGAAAGUUAAGUAUUGUCAAUUCAAUUACUGUAAUAAACUCCAUUAAUAUGAUUUGCUUGUAUGUUGUCUAGCUAUCCUAGAAAACAGCAUCCUAGGUCCCCCCUUUAAGAGACAA